AUGUCGCGCAUCACCGAAAACCCACUAAUCGGAACAAGAAGGGUGAUCUCCGAUGGCGCGUCGGUUCCAGAAUCCAGAAAACAGGACCCAUAG